GUUCCCAAAGAGGUGGUACCGGGUUUGUUGUUGUUUUGUGUAGUGGCCGGAGCUCGUCGACAUUUUUUAAAACAAACACGUCGGAACGCGUUGGUGUUCUCUAGUGUGUUUUUGGAUCCUGUCAUCUUUGUCUUGUUGAAGCAGAAGUUUUUUUUUGUUGGCUGUAUUCCGGGGAAGAGAAAGAUGACUAGUGAAUAUCAACGCUGUGUUCCUUUGGAGGUCAGGAGAUUGGAGGGAGAGCGAGUUCGUGCCAAACAUCCUGACAAAAUACCGAUCAUUGUAGAGAGGGCUCCUAGAUCACGUGCUCCUGAACUUGACAAAAAGAAAUACCUUGUUCCAGCAGACCUGACAGUUGGCCAGCUGUGCUUCCUGAUCAGACAGCGAGUAUGCAUAAGGCCAGAAGAAGCUCUCUUCUUUUUUGUUAAAAAUUGUCUUCCCCCUUCCAGUUACCCGCUUUCUGUUGUGUAUGAGGAACACCACGAGGACGACCUGUUCCUGUAUAUGACCUACAGCAAUGAGAGUGUGUACGGAGCUUAAAAAGGAUUUUAACAAACAAGUUGAAAUGAAAAAAAAAGAGCAAAGAAGGGACUUUUUGGUGUGAUGGAAGAAGUCAUGGAAUUUCAACAGUGGUGUGGCGAAGAUUUUAUUGUUUUACCACUAUUAAUCUAUUUUGUAUAAAGCUGAGCUUACAGCGUUGAACAUCAGUGUGGUCUGAAGGAUGCAACUGGUUUGUGUUUAACUACUAUGGGCUUAAUUACAUUUAACUAUGAAAAUAAGGCAUUGUAGUAUCAAUAUAAGUGAUGGAGGAAGAGUAGAGAUGUAAAUGAUAAAAUGAAAAAAAAAAAAAAAAGUAAAUGGGACAGUGGUGCAGUAUAAAAUUUCCAUGACUCUGUUCCAGGAGUGACUCAUCUGUAUUUAAUGAAAUUAUAACUAUUUUUUUGUAAAGGUAUAUGAUAAAAAUCUUGUUGCCAAAAAGA